AUGCGAGCGUUCGUGUUCGGUUUCGUUGGACGCCUCAUCCCUCGCGACGGCACCCGCGACGGCACCCGCGGCGAGUCGCGCGACGUCGAGAUGUUCGCGAGCCACGCCUCGGACCCCACGCUGGUCACCGCUAUGAGCCUCGUCGCCAACGAGGUUAUAUCAGCCCACGACCAAGACGAGCCCGGUCACUACCAGACCACCUUCGGCGCCGACAGCGCGAAGCGAUGCUACACCCUCGUCGUGGUUCCGCGAAGCGGCGGGGAGAGAUCCGAGCCGACGCUGGCGUGCGAGGACGGCGGUCCUCCGGAUCACUCGCUCGUCUCAGCGCUCGAGGCUCGAAAGAGAAGCGCCGGGCUCGUUCGCGUCGUGUUUGGCGUCAUCGUGUCGUCGCGGGGCGCGCCUUUGAGCGCGAGACCGGAGCCCGAGGCGUGCGCGGAGUGGCUCGACACCCUUCGCGCCGAAUUCGAGUCGAGAUACUCCACCGGCGCGUACGUGGGCAGGACCAAAACGGUCGGGCGCGGCGACUCUUACAACUUCGAAGCUCUCGCCGAGACUCUUCGCCGGCUGGCGUCCUCCUUCGAUGACGACGAACGCGACGGCGACGCACCAAAGGUCGAAAAGGCACGAACGAGGAGGAGGCAAGGGGACGCGGCGUUCGCCGUGGUCGUGGACGCGAACGACGGGCCGCUCGAAGACGCAAACGGGCAACGAGGCGACGAUCGGGCGGAAGAAACAACGUCGCUGGUUCGACGGGAGCCGCCGCCGGAGGGCGCGGGUUCGAUACUCGCCGGUGUCAUUCGCGGGCGAAACGUCCGCGCGCGGUGCGUCACCGCCCUCGCGGUGCUGCUCGCCGCGUUCGUCGCGCUCCUGGCGGCGUGCGGGGGGUACGGGUGCCUGAAUCGAUGA